AUGCUACCACCAAUUGAAGAUUCCGUGCUGCAAAGCAAUCCUAAAUUCGCAGCUCUUCAUGCCACACUGGCAAACAACAUCUUAAACCCAAACGGCUCAACCAAGAACCACCACGCACAAAAGGAGCUGGAAGCCGUGACAGAAUCCCUCAAAACGGCCCGAAUCCGCGCAGCAAAGGUCCAUCUCCUACGUAAUGCCCUCAGCCAUCUCGACCUCGCCGCACCCACUACCAGCACAACGUCAAAAUCCAAACCCUCCGCGAAAACGCCCGCGACUCUCCCCACCGAGCUCCUCGAACUCAUCCUCCUCCUGUCCGCACGCCUCACAUCCGCCCCCCUCCCCCAAUCCUCGAUCAAGCUUUUAGAAUCAACCUCCCAAUGGACAUCCCUCCCUUCCUACCUCCCGCAAAUCGGUUCCCUGAUUUCAACGCACCUACAAACACAAGCUCUCGCCCUAGCACGAAUACUAACACCAACAACCAAUCCAUCGUUCCUGCACCGAACCAUACCGAAACUACAUGACAGUAUCAAAACCUUACAAGCUGACAAUGCUGCCAAGAAGCGAGAUUUGACGGCUAGACGCGCGGGCUUGGUGUCGAAGACUACAACACUGCUGGGAUUAUAUCAUCUCGCUACGACGCUGGUGAUUUUGAUUUUGGAGCAAAGCGUGCAUGGCUCCGUCUCCCGGCAUGUGAAGGCGCAUGCUGAGUUACUUUCGAUAUCGGCUCAGUCUUUGCAGUAUCAAGUCAAGGAGAAAGCGAUGAGGGGUGAGAAAAUGGUGUACACGGAGCAAGUCAAGAGUGCGCUGCAGGAAUAUGUUAGGAAUUUGCGGGAUGGGAGGGAGCGGUUGAGGGAGCGGAAGAAAGAGGCUGAGAGGGUGCUGUGGGGGUAUGGAGUCGGACGCACAGAGGAGGAAGGAGGGGCCGAGAAGGAAAAGGUUAUGAGGGAGAUUGCGAGGGUUUAUGAGGAGAUGAUCACGGAGCUGAGGGAGGUGGGGCGGGAUGUUGAGAAGUUGAAGGGGAGGUAG